AUGGGCAGCGAGUUUGGGAAUCGGACGCAGAUGCAACAUGUGAUCUCCUACAGCUUGUCACCUUUUGAGCAGCGUGCCUUCCCGUACUACUUCCGUAAAGGAAUCCCCAACGUGCUGCGCCGCACUCAGCAGUCUUUCCUUCGCGUAAUGCCGCCGUUUGUAGUGUUUUAUCUUAUCUAUACGUGGGGGACUCAAGAGUUCGAGAGAUCCAAAGGGAAGAAUCCAGCUGCCCAUGAAAAUGACAAAUGA